CGGCAGCGCUUGCGCAUCCCACCUUCAUCCAGGACUUCGAAGCUGCUACUGGAACGACCCCACUGCCCAAGUGGAUCUGCGAGCUCUACACCUAUCGCACCAAACCUAAGAAGCCCGAGAGCCGUCUUAGCCAGACACUCAAGCCCAAGGAUCGUUCUGCGGACGCCCCGAACUGGACCAAGCGCACCAACAACUUCCAGUCCAAAGGCUGUAUUCGCAAGCGCAAGAUUGGGAUCGCAAGCCCGCGCGAACGCAACUCCAAGUACGCCAUGCCACGCCCAAUCAAUGCGGUGCAGUACCAGCGCCAUGCCAUUCAGCUUAUAUCCAGCGUGCUCAACACCCGCGCCAAUGCUUCACCAUUCACCUUGAUCCUGGACGACCUCAACCAGCGCGCCAUCCCAUUCCUCCAGCAGCUUGUCAUUCGCGCUCUCUCCCGCAAUAUCAACGUUGUCAUCGUCUCUUUCGAGAGCACGCGCUUCCAACCUGCCGUGCGCAAUGUCUCCGCCUGGGGCAACCGCACGGCCGCCACCAUCCUUGCCGACAUCGAGCAAGCCCUCAGCGACCGUAAAGAGAGCCUCGUCAUCAUCGACUCCAUGUACGACGCCGUCGCCACCAAGAAUAUUGAUACCUCCACGCUGUUCAAUCUCGUCGUCAUGAAGUACACCUCCAACCUCGUCGGCGUCUACCACACCGACGUGCUCCCCGAGCCUUCCGCCUCCGGCGCCGACGCCUAUGCCCCGCAGCCGCUGGAGCUGCUGAAGUUCAUGGCCACCUCCAUCAUCACUUGCCGCUCCCUGUCGCACGUGCUCGCCGCCAAAGCCGCGCGCGAGCGCUCCCUCGCCGAGCCGACAUUUGGCAUGCAGAGCGGCGCCGAGGGCAUCGUGCAGUGCCUCCACGCCAACGACCAGCGCGGCAUCGUCCUUGAAGCCGAGUUCCGCCGCAAGUCCGGCCGACCCGAGUCAGAGACGUACUUCCUCCGUCCCGGUCGUGAUUCCGACUUCCACCAGCCUGUCGGUCCACAACAGCUCUACGGCACGCUGAAGCAAGAGUUCGUGAUCCUGCUCGAGCAGCACCCUGCCUUUGCGAACAAAGAUGCUGUCGGCAUGGUGGUUGCCGCGGACGAUGAGAUGGAGACGUCGUUCAACUUGGGCUUGACCGACAAGCAGAAGGCAGCGCGCGAGGGUGUUGUUCUUCCUUACUUCGAUGCGCAGAAGCAGGAGGGUGGUGAGGGUGGUCGCAUUCUCUACGACAUGGGCGAGGAGGAUGACUUCGAUGAGGAGGAGGACGAGAUCUGAGUACCGCGACUCGACUCUUGCAUGCUCGGUUGGAAUGACUCGUACCCAAGUAUGAAAAGCGAUUGCUCUGGCGUAACGGCGUUUUGGUGGGUCACCUGGAUUCCUGAGAUACCCUCAUGGUCAAAGGCGUUUGGUUUAAUCGGUCCACAAUGGCU